AUGACGAAUGGGUCACAGGCGGAGAGACUAAAAAACCUGCGGGUGACUGCUAAGGCUCAACGGGAGCCUGCCUCAGGACGACUUGGGACUAGCAGUGCUGAUCCUCUUAACUUGUAUCUAACGAUGGUCAUGGCGAGUGGACACACUAGACACAAUACAGUUAGCAAUGACCGACUCAACCAGUCCAGGAGGGGAUCCGUUUCACGCGUUAACUCUCCCAUGUCCAUGCCAAUGCUCAUUAGCCAUGCAGCCGCUCUCUCCUUUGACCCGCAUUAUCUGAGACGAGAGAUGGUUCGGUUCCAUUCUGUUGCGAUCCAAUACGAGCAGCCCCAUGAUCGCCAACUUCGUGGUAAGGAGAUGUCUGAGCCCCAGACUACCCCUUACGCUAGCAGCCAUGAAGUCAUCGAGACCAUGUGUCUCGAUACCCUGCUGCGCCUCAGCCACAGGAUGACUGGCCGAGAGCGUUCCUUUCUGCCACUCCGGCGCUACAGCCACAGUUCAACCCACGAGCUCUCCGUUCUUGCUCAACCGUACCAGUCCCUUGGGACUGCCUUGUGA